UCUCAGGAUAGAAUGGAGUGAAGUCCUCCUGGCCCUCACUGAUGAUGUCACAUUCCGUUAGUCCCCCACUGAUGAUGUCACAGUCCAUUAGUGAGUCCCUGAUGAUGUCACAGUCCUGUGGUACCUGAGCAUUCCGGAGGGGUAUAAAUAGCUCACGGAAUCAUUUCAUCUUCAGUUCGUAUUCAUUACACUGACAAGUCGUGAUUACAAGCCCUUUUUUCGAAAAGACUUUUUUCAAAACGCAAUUUUGAGUGAUGGCAGCCAAGAGAACCAACGCCAUGAACCAAACACCAAACAGUCCACAGGAACCAACUACAGUGGACGUGAUUCACCAUGUUGUGAAUUCCUACAUUGGGAUGAUUGACCCCAAGCAGUGGGCUUUUUUGCUCACAGGAGCCCCUGAUGGCAAGACCAGAUACAUCCUGGUAGAGCUGCUGAUUGACUUGGUGGAGCUCAUUAACCAAUCAUCGCUGUCAGAGGAGAAGAGGAGAGGAGCUAAACCCUGGGAGUUCCUGUCAUCCGGUUUGGGGGAGACAAUACCUCAAACCUUUCCUCAAAUUCUGGUGGUUCCAGACGAGGUUUUCCAUGAGAUCUUGGACUCCCUGAGGAGCAUCCUCAUCAGAGUAGCGACAGCAGCAUAUGUGAAGUGCAUGCACUUUGUCCGCACUCCCCCUGCGACACCAUGUGGACAGUACAACACUGCCCUCAAAGCACUGUUUGAGGAAAUGGUUGAUCGCAUCAUUGAAAAGCUGUGCAGUGAGAAGAAGAGACUGAUGUCCAAGCAUCAACGUCUCCACCUGAGACUCGUGGCCACUUCCAAACCAACACUCCCUAAAGAAGAAGAUCUGGAGUCAAACAAACCUGGAGUCUGCAACAAUGACGUCCCAGAGAGUUUGGAAGAGACGCCUGAGCCACUUCCCAAAGAGUCUCCUCCUGUGACAGCACAGACGCCCGACGUGACGGACGUCACCCCUGAGGACACCUCUGUGCCUCCGGACACAGCUUCAGUGUCCACCUCUGAACCUGAGGACGCCUCUGUGCCUCCGGACGCAGCUUCAGUGUCCACCUCUGAACCUGAGGACACCUCUGUGCCAGCACAGACACCCGACGUGACAGACGUCACCCCUGAGGACACCUUUGUGCCUCCGGACACAGCUUCAGUGUCCACCUCUGAACCUGAGGACACCUCUGUGCCAGCACAGACACCCGACGUGACAGACGUCACCCCUGAGGACACCUUUGUGCCUCCGGACACAGCUUCAGUGUCCACCUCUGAACCUGAGGACACCUCUGUGACAGCACAGACACCCGACGUGACAGACGUCGCCCCUGAGGACACCUCUGUGCCUCCGGACACAGCUUCAGUGUCCACCUCUGAACCUGAGGACAAGCAGGACGUGAGAGCGGAGGAAAAAUCAUUCGUGAGCGGUGCAGCGGAGAAGCUCAUUUCACGUGCUCUCAAAAAGUCAAAGGUGACCUCCGCUACAGACUCUCUUGAUGACAUCCACCAGCAGAUAUUCACCAAACUCUGGGAGGGUGUCGAGAGUGAAGGUCUUCACAUCAACCAGGACCAGAUGAAGAACAUAGACAAGGCCGUAUUCAAAGACGUCUGCAAGAAUCUGCACUGCUCGAAGUCAUCUCUGUGGACUCUCAUGGUCUUAGAGGAUCCACUGGUAGAAGACGUCAUCUUGUCUUCUUUUAAAAACCAGAUGAAGAGACAAUCCCAGGAACCUGGGACCAUCAAGAAGUUCUUCAGAUCAAUAGGCAGAGCUUUCUGCAGGCCCACAGUACUGGUGUCCUAAAGCUCAACAUCUACAUCAUCAUCGACGAAUCCACCUCAGAGCUCAACCAGGAAGUUACCAACUUCCCCUCCCCUUCCCUUCCACUGAUUGCUGCUUGUCAGAGAGCAGUGGAGGGGUUGGUCUCUUCCAUCUGGGGACACCUCCUCUUCCGCUAGUUGCUGCUGGUCAGAGAGCAACGGAGGAGGGGGUCACCUAGAUGCGGGGACACUUCCUGUGCCUGCCUGCAGGAUUUGAGCUCGUAUCGUCGUCUUGAUGGACACCAGUACCACCUGACACCUAGAGGGCCAGGGAUCCAUUCCCUGCACCACCUGUUCUGCUGCUGCUGCUGAGGACGUCUCUUUAUCUGCUAACUAUUAGCAAAAUUAAAAAAAAAAAAAAAAAAAA